CAUACGUAAUAAUUACUAAAUAUUUUAUUAUUCAAUAUAUAUUUAUUAUUUCAUAAUAUGUAAAAAAUAUAUAAUACUUAAUUUAUAUAUAAUAUUCAUCCUGCCCAAAGGGCGGGUCUUAACCUAGUUAUCUAUAUUAUUUAUAAUUUCGUUCAAACUACUCUAGGAACAUUUUUCUAGGUUAUUUGCCCCAGAAAAUCAUGGAAGGACCACACAUACAAGGUGUAUGAUACACCCAUAUAUAUAUUAUUUUUUAUUUUUCUAAAAUCCCAUUUAUUUUGUUGCAACGAUCUAUAUAUAUUGUAAAAAUCAUGGAAGGACCACAACAUACACCCAUUUUUUUUUUUUUUUUUUUUGCUAAAAAGCCAUAUAUUUUGUUGCAACAAUCUAUAUAUAUUGUAAAAAUAGGUUUUGUUAAGAUGAGUUCAAAGUUAUGUUUCCAUCGAAGUUUAAAACUAUCAUUAAAGAAGAACAAAAUGAGACCAAAAAUAAUACUUGAACUUGAAUCGUUUCUCAAAAAAAAAAAACUUGAAUGAGACGAAAUAAAAAUGUUCUACGAAUUAAGGGACAAAAUUAGUUUUUCCAGUAUAAUGAUUCAGACAAGAAUAUACGAAUUAAGACCCAGCAUGACUACUAUACCUGUUGGUUUGCGUCACAUUUAAUCUGGUUAAUUAACACGAUCACAUAACAAAUAAAAGUUGAUUGGGUUUCGGUUUUAAAACAAUGGUUUGGUUUAGUGCGGUUUAGAAUCGUUAGAUGUCCUGUCCACUCUUGAUUUCUCAAUAUACAAUCUAAAAGUGGAAAGUUCACAGAAUUUAGGGCCAUUCCGAUAAUUCUGCCUAAAUAAAAGGUAUCAUCGGUCGACUAAAACACGUGAAGAUAUAUAAACUCAUUAGCCUCCCCAAUAUUUAACUCCUUUGACGAAUAUGGAGAUAAGGUUUCCAAAUGUUACAAAAACCACCCUUCCUCUUUAUCUCGGACGACAAUGAUCACAACAAUCUCCGGUACACGAGCUUGAAAGAUGUGAUCUCGAGUUCUGAUGGCUUUGGUUCGUUCUUUUGUCACUCUGUUCCUUCGCAAGACGGUGUUCUCUUGUCGGAAAUGGAUUCUUCAAACAUUGCCAUUAGAAACGCGCUAGUGAAAAGAGCAGCUUCGAUGUAUCUUCAAUCUUCUAUGAUCGUAUCAGCUCCGGACACGAACUGGUUUCAGAGAUUCUGUCUGAAAGCCAAGCAUGCGGUUGAAUGUCUCAGACCAGUUUACCGGAUUUUUUCUUGGUCUAGUUAAAGAGAUGUGUUUUAGAAAGGGUGAUUCCGGUUUGUAAAUGUGUAAAUACUGUAUGAUAUAUAAUAUAGAUAAUCAAAUAAAAUUUCAAAGCCUUUUUUUCA